AUGACUGCUAACUAUUUCUCAGGUAAUUAUUUGGUAUUGCGACCAGAAGAAGUGAGUUAUCUGAAUAUCUUUCGCAUCUUAUGGAACGACGACAUAGAGAAAAAAGCAUUUGUGGACUUCCCAGAUGGGAAGAAGGAGAAUCUCCAUCGUCGUUGGCUUAUAUUUAUUUCUCUGCUAUCACAAAAAAUCCUGCAAUCUAUGGCCAGGCCAAUUACAUCAUUUGGGUCAAGGUUCGAGAUGUUGCUAAACCUUAUAUCAUGUAACCGCAACAUUUUUAUGCUCUUCAUAAAUUCACUACGAGGUAGGGUGGUAAGACCAGAUAAAGAAUCAGAAACUUUCUUAUCAUUUAUUGGACAUAUGGACAAGCGUGUGGAUUUAGACAAGAAUAUCAAGCAUGAUGACAGCAGAUACUACAGUACACUCUCUGCAAUGGCUGCUAAGAUAGCUUAUGAGAACAAAGCCUUUGUUGAAAACGCAGUCAUAAAUCACUGGAAGAUGGAGCUCCUUGGAUACUACGAUUUUUGGAAUGAUUUUCAACAAAAACUUUCAACGCAAGGCUUCAUGCUUCAUAAUAAAAAUGCAGACCCUGACGUAAUUGUCGUGGCCUUUAGAGGUACAGAAGUCUUUGAUGCGGAUGCAUGGUGUACUGAUUUCGAUAUCUCCUGGUAUGAGUUUCCUGGCAUGGGAAAAAUCCAUGGUGGCUUUAUUAAAGCAUUAGGCUUAAUAAUGCGACAGGGUUGGCCUCGAGAAUUUACACAAGCCGAUGACCGGCCGAUAGCUUACUACACCAUAAGAGAGAAAUUGAAAGAACUUCUGAGACAAAACGAAAAAACAAAAUUUAUAUUGACUGGUCACAGCAUGGGUGGGGCAAUUGCAACUCUGUUCCCAGCUGUCCUAGCAAUGCAUGAAGAGACAUGGUUAUUGAAAAGAUUGGAAGGUGUGUAUACGUUUGGUCAGCCUAGGGUUGGAGAUGAGGAAUUCAAGAGGUUUAUGGAUAGUCAGAUGCAAAAGUACGGGUUUAAGUACUUGAGGUUCGUCUAUUGUAAUGAUGUGGUUCCCAGGUUGCCCACAGAUGAUUCAACAUUUCUGUUCAAGCAUUUUGGUACAUGCGUCUACUUCAAUAGCUGCUAUAAUGGGAAGAUAGUUUCAGAAGAACCAAACAAGAAUUACAUAUCUGCAUUUGCAGCUAUACCAAGGUCUCUAAAUGCAGUAUGGGAACUGGUAAGAAGCUUCAUUUUGCCUUACACACAGGGGCCAGAAUAUAAAGAAUCUUGGUUGCUGAUACUGGUUAGGUGGUAUGGACUCCUACUUCCAGGUUGGGCAGCUCACACUCCACAAGAUUACGUUAAUAUAACCCGACUGGGAACUGACACUCUAUAUUAUCGUCUUCAAGACCCAAAGCUUAUGCAACACAAGAUUGAUUAUGUUUGA